AUGCCUAUCGAGUCUCAUCCCGCAAUAGGUUACGGAACUAUCACCCAGCUUAUGCCGGGGAUGCAAACGAUGUCCCUUCCUCCCCAGUGCCGCUGCUCCAUAGUCGUCAAGCCCUUGAAGAUGGUCCGUGGGAAUGCGUGCAACGACGUGAUGUUCUUUUACAUCGGAGACCGUUGCCCGGUGGAGAAGGGCAAGACGUACCUUUUUGGCGGAGAGGAGGACGAGGGCAUGCUUGUGUUUAAGGCGGCGGAGGCUGUUGCCUCGGAAGACGAGGCACGCAAGUUGGCCGAGAAGAUCCUGGCCGUGCCCUACGGCUGGGACAGCGCAACCAAGUCUCCCUUCACGAAGAAGUGGACCGGUGCCACAACGGGAGCAGUCUCUGUUUGUGCUACUUCGGGCCGCCCUGCCUACGCUGUACCUGCGGGGCUCGAGAUGACCGUUGACCAGAUCAUUCCCCCAGAUGCGACUGAGUACGGUAAUCCGUUUGGCAACGGGGAAUUCAAGAUUACCGUCACCAAUAAGACCGGCGCGGGCGUCAUGGUUCCUGUGGUUCAGGUAGGAUCCAAGUACGAUUUUGAGCAGAGCCUUGUGAUCACAGUUGUGGCUUCAGAAGAGGACCCCAGCGUGCGCUGCAUCUUCCCCGAGAACGUUCCUGCUGGCGCAGAGAUGACUCUGAUCCCUGCCGGUGGGUCCAUCUCUGGGACGGUCAACACCCUCAAGCUCAAGGGCAUCGAGUGGCCCUCUGGGGGCAGCCGCGUCUACUUCAACUUUGGGCUUGGAGGCCUUGUUGCCCAGAACUUCUUCUACUACUAUAGCAGCAUUCACGACGCCAUGAGAGCUAAGUAA